UGUUGAAUGAAUUCCUAUCACAGACUUCUAAGCAACCCUCAGGCGGACCGGUUUAUCUACACAGAGUAUUUCUCACAGGACUCAAUGAAAUGUGAUUUUGGGGAUAUCUCGACUGUUUUAAAAGAAUAGUAACAGUGGGACUGAACUAAAUUGCUUGCAAACAUCUUUGAAGAACAAUUUGUAAUUUGUAUUGAUAUGGAUUUCUUACAGCUGCAAGAAAGCAUCAUUAACAAAUCGGGGGGGAUGGACAAACAGCAGGAGAACUCGGCAGCAGUCAGAGACAGAGGACAGACACCUGCCGACUUCAGCAGCAUCUACAGCAAAGACCUGCUCCCAGCUUCAGGUGGUGAGGAGAUUACCAGAGGAUUUCUGCAGGAGCUGCUUAACAUCCUGUUGAGUUAUAUCAGCAAGUCAAGCCAGAGGAGCUCCAAGAUACUGGACUUCCACCAUCCUCACCAGCUGAAGGAGGGACUGGAGGGCUUCAGUCUGGACCUGCCGGACCAACCGGAAACUCUGGAGCAGAUACUUGUGGACUGUAGAGACACACUCAAAUAUGGCGUCAACACAGGCCAUCCACGUUUCUUCAACCAGCUGUCUUCAGGUCUGGAUGUGAUUGGUAUGGCAGGAGAGUGGUUAACCUCCACAGCCAACACUAACAUGUUUACAUAUGAAGUGUCUCCUGUUUUCAUCCUCAUGGAAGAGUUUCUGCUGAGGAAGAUGCAAAGCAUUGUGGGAUGGUCUGAUGAUGAGGGAGACGGAUUCUUCUGUCCAGGAGGGACAAUAUCCAAUCUGUACAGCAUCCUGGUGGCCAGAUAUCACUUCUACCCAGAGGUGAAGACCAGAGGAAUGGGACUUCUGCCUCAGCUGGCCCUCUUCACUUCGGAACAUAGUCACUAUUCAGUGAAGAAAUCUGCAGCUGUGCUGGGGAUGGGCAGUGACAAUGUGGUCAUGGUGAAAUGUGAUGAAAGAGGGAAAAUGAUUCCAGCUGAACUGGAGGCUUGCAUUGUUACAGCUGAAGAAAAGGGUUUGGUUCCGUUCUAUGUGAAUGUGACAGCAGGCACCACCGUGUACGGAGCCUUCGAUCCUCUCAAUGCCAUUGCUGACAUCUGCCAUAAACACACACUGUGGAUGCAUGUUGAUGCAGCGUGGGGGGGAGGCCUGCUGAUGUCAGACAGGCACAGGAUGAAACUGCAGGGCAUUGAACGAGCCUGGUCUGUAACAUGGAAUCCUCACAAGAUGAUGGGCGUCCCUCUGCAGUGCUCUGUCAUACUGGUCAAGAAGAGAGGUCUCUUGCAGGAGUGUAAUGAGUUGGGGGCUGAGUACCUUUUCCAGACGGACAAACCCUACGAUGUGAGCUACGAUACUGGAGAUAAGAGCAUCCAGUGUGGCCGGCAUGUCGAUGUCUUUAAACUUUGGCUCAUGUGGAAGGCAAAGGGCUCAGAGGGCUUUGGAUCUCAGGUCAACAGAUGCUUAGAGAAUGCUGAGUAUCUUUAUGACCAACUGCAGAGGAGGACAGACUUUGAACUGGUCUUCAAAAACAAACCGGAGCACAGUAACGUGUGUUUCUGGUACAUCCCUCCCAGUCUGAGAGGCCUGCCACCUGGACCUGACAGAGACACAAGACUCCAUCAGGUGGCUCCUCGGAUCAAAAGCAGGAUGAUGGAGAAGGGCUCGGUUUUGAUUGGCUAUCAGCCUUUGGGAGCCAAAGUCAAUUUCUUCAGGUGUGUGUUCUCCAAUCCUGCCACACAGCAAGAGGACAUUGACUUCCUGUUGGACGAGAUCACCCGGCUGGGUGAUGACCUAUGACAUCUGAUAUGAUUAUUUGGUCUCAGUCCAGUUCAUAUCAUUAGAGGAAAUGAGUACAUCCGACUUUGAGACCAUUGUUUUGCUGUGGCAUAAGCCUACAUUGUAUCCAGCCUGGGUACAUGGGGAAAUCUAGGUGCACAGGCUUUUGACAAUUACUGUACUCCUAGCUAUGCUCUACAGCCUUUGCUGAACAUUACCACUUUUGAUAGUUUUACAGCAUUAAACAUUAAAAGCAACUCUUACUGGGCAGCUUCUAGCUCACCCAGUAAGAGU